GAGAAGCAGCUCGAGGAAACCCUGCUGAAGCAGGAGAAGCAGACCGAGGCCAUCGAGAAAAUGAUGGAGAACCUGCAGACGCUGAUGGUCCGGAAGAUCCAGGAGGAGCGCAAAGAGAACCAGCGUCUGCGGGCGGAGAUGGCCGAGCUGCGAGGGCAGAUCUGCAAAGUGCAGGACUCGUACGCGAAG